GUCCCCCAUUUGAGAGUAACUGGAGCUCGGCAAUCUGCUCGCACACUGACACACGCACACACAUUCAAGUUGGACUAUCGCCGAUCAGAGAAAAAAGCCCUCCGACGAACCAUCCUCGACGGCGCUGUUUUCUUCUACUUCUUUCGUAAUUCCGGGUCAGGGAUUCAGCUGCUCCUUCGGACCAUAUUGUUGUCUAGUUAAAUUUCAAAGCCUAGAGGUUGAUUUUCCAUCAAUAGAUUAUAAACCUGAAAAUGAGCUUCAUUUUAAGAAGACAUAGUGUGCCUAAUGGGUUGUCCAGAAAAGCUGUGGUAGGACUAAAUACCUUUAACUUCAAUGGGUUCACCCGAAGCUUUAGUCAACCUGCAAUUGAAGAGGAAAGUGAGGAAGAAGUGGAGAUCGAUCAGAGAAGGCUCCCUACUGAUUAUGACCCAGCUACUUUCGAUCCUACAGAGCAUCGUAGUCCUCCAACUGAACGUGUCUUUAGGCUUGUAGAUGAAGUUUCAGGACUCACAUUGGCUGAAGCUUGCCAGCUGGGAGCCAUAAUUAUGAGAAAAAUGGGAAUGAAGGAACCACCAACAGUGGGGGUCAUGAAACCAGGAGCUGCUGGGCUGGCUGGAAUUACAGGAAAGGCACCAACCGCAGCCAAGGAGGAGAAGCAACCAGAAAAGACUGUUUUUGAAUUGAAACUUGAGUCCUAUGAAGCUGCUGCAAAGAUCAAGGUAAUCAAGGAGGUUAGGAGUUUCACCGAUUUGGGUCUCAAGGAAGCCAAAGACUUGGUGGAGAAGACCCCUUCGGUUUUCAAAAGAGGAGUAUCAAAAGAAGAAGGUGAACAAAUAAUUGAGAAGAUGAAAGCUCUUGGGGCCAAGGUUGUCAUGGAAUGAACGGAAGCUGAUUAGAAAAGUAUGACUCCCUGUUAAAAAAAAAAUUCUAAAUCUAGGCAUUUUGUUUUGGACACUGGUUAUUACUUUUCUCGUCCAAUAAUUGAGGUAGAAGGGUGGGUAAAAUCCUGGUCUAUGGAUGAAAGUUUUUUGUUAUUUUGCUCGUGUCAGGACUGAUUCAGUCCUAUCAAUAUAUCAGGGAUUCGUUCUUGAAUGUGUGAAGUCCCUAGAUAUCGCUUUUUA